CUACCAAAAGUAAACGAGGAUGGAAGACGAAGCUCCAGUAAUUUACGGAUUAGAAUUUCAGGCUCGUGCAUUGGCGGCACAGGCAGGAGAAACUGAUCAGAUUCGUUUCAUUGUUGGCACACAAUCUCUCAGACAGGAAAACCAGGUACACCACAUAGACUUUGAUGAUGAAAAUAAUGUAAUCAACAAGAAUGUGUUUAUGCACAGAGAGGGAGAAAUGUGGCACAUCAGUGCUUCAACAGUGGAUAAAAGUCUUCUUACAACUUGUUAUAACAAAACAUCAGAGAGUAAAGCUGAGAUGAGGGCUGCACUGUGGAGAUUGCCGGGAGAUUUUGAUGACGUUCAGUCAGAAGAUCAAUCGUCACAUCAGUCAUUGAGCUUGGUCUGUCAUCUUGAUGCUACAGAUUACGGUGAUAUGAAAAGUGUAAUGUGGCAUCCCACUGGUGAUAAUUCAAAUGUAGUAGGUCUAGCAGAUAACCAUAUAGUAGUAUGGGAUAUAGAUACAUCUGGAAAUUCUGCACAGAUGACAAGUUCCGCAGGUUUAGAGAGCAAAGGUCAACCAAAGUUAACAUGUAGUAGCUGGGAUCCACAUCAUAAUUGUGUACAGAUUGCCACUGCAAAUGAUACAUUCAUACGAGGGUGGGAUCUAAGAACUAUGCAACAGACAUAUGUGAUAGAGAAUGCCCAUGGACAACUGGUUAGAGAUGUAGAUUUCAACCCUAAUAAACAAUAUUACAUAGUGAGCUGUGGUGAUGACUGUAAGGUUAAAUUCUGGGACAUAAGAAAUGUUGGCGAACCAUUGAAAGUCCUCUCAGAUCAUUCACACUGGGUAUGGUCAGUUAGAUACAACAGAUUUCACGACCAGCUGGUUCUCUCAUCAAGCAGCGACAGUCGUGUUAUCCUCAAUAAUAUCGUCUCAUUAUCGUCUGAACCAUAUGGAAAUCUCAUUGAAAAUGAUGAAGAUGAUGAUGAUGAUGCAGAUGAUAGGGAAAGCAGAGAGGCCAGUCCGCCCCAGGACGGUGUCAUAGCAACGUACGAGGAACACGAAGACAGUGUGUACACAGUAGACUGGUCAACUGCAGAUCCGUGGGUGUUUGCCUCUCUCAGUUAUGACGGAAGACUGGUUAUAAAUAGAGUACCACGGGCUGAGAAAUAUAAAAUCCUGUUGUAACCAAUACUUUGAAAGCAUUUGAAACGAGUGCUUUUUCUAACAUGCUUACAAUUUGCAAUAUAUAAUAUAUGACUAUAGAAAGAACCUUAAAGAUUAAAGAGAUGGUGAUAGGUGUUAAGGCUAUAGUGUUAAGAGAACUAUGUUACCAGAUGGCCGUCAAGUCUUGACCUUUCAUGCAUGGAUAUAAUCACUAUAGUUAGUGUUGUCCUAUAGUGAGACAUGUGACAGUUAUGAACAGGAAGAAUUAUUUUAAGGUAGAAUUUCUUCUAAUAAAUAAUGGUAAAGGUAUCUUGCCCAUAGUAAAGUUUGAAAACAGGUCAUGUAUUACAUAACUGUUGUCUAGGAAACCUUGUUGGCAUCUUAUAUUUGAGGGACCGGGUUGAACACUUAAGUAUAUUAAUACAUUUAGGUAGAUAUAUCUGCAUAGUGCAAAUACUGCAAACAUGUAAAGAUAUACAGAUUUAGCUGAAAAACAG